CAAGCAGGGGGAGAGGGGGAAGUCUGCAUGGCAGGAUGAGGGAAGGAGCAGGGAGGAAGGGUUGGACUUCAGCUACCUGUCCAUGUCUGAGAUCGUGGAGCAAGAGGCGAGUGAGCGCAAGGGAGGCGGGGGGGAGGAGGCGCAGGAGGAAAGAGCUCGAGCUCUGCUGGAGGAGGAGAUCAGGAGUCUCAUGGCGGUCAUGGAGUCGAGGAUGGAGGAUCUGCAUGCCAUGUGCUUACGGAUCGAGGAGAACGUGCAAACGUCACUGGCCCUCAGGCCUCGGGAAGAAACCUCUUCCUCCUCAGCCGGUGCAGCUGCUGGCAAGAGAAACGAGGUCCUCCUACCGCAAGGGCGCCAAGCGCCCUCAGCACCUCUCGAUUAUAGAGAGCAGGCGGACGAGCCAUCACAUCGCAGUGCAGCAGCAGACCCCCUCAUCUCGAGCCAGUUCGAUCCCGACAUGCUCUUCCGCGAGAGGCAAGAGCUGCACGCGGCUCUGGUUGGCCUGGCAGAGUCUGCAUGCUUGUUCAGCGAGGAGACGAGGCAAGGGAGGAUCGAAGUCCUUCAGAAGGCCUUGAGGAGGGCGGCGACCUACAUCAAACACCUCUGCAACGAGCUUGAUGUGAUGCAGGCAGAUUCGACGGUCCUCAAGAAGACCGAGGCUGAAGUUCAGAUGGUGACCGAUCGCCUUCACGUUUGCCAUGCCUGCAUGGACGAGAUGCUCGGUUCGAUGAGUGUGCGGCGGGACCAAGAGGACCAGGAGGAGAGGAUGAGCGCGAACGAGAGCAAGCUUGUCGUCCUGGUCAACAGCCUUGAGGGGAAGGUCGCCAGGCUGAUGAGGAACAUGACUGGCUCGACGGCAGCGAAGCAGUCCGAGAACUCGCUUGUUAAGGAGCUCGUAGAUGACCUUGCCAGGUUGAACUCAGAGAGGAAGGAGCUGCUGAGGCAGAUCGAAGUGCUAAACGAGCGCUGCUCUAUGUACAUGUCACAACAUUCGGACGAGGCGAUGCAGGACGUGUGAAGGAUGCGGACGGCGAUAGCGGAGAUUCUACCAAGUCGCUUUAACUGUUGGACUGUAAACUAUGCUCAUUAAAACACAUGACGGUCG